CGGGCACCCGGCUCGCUCCGAGCCACAGCCGCGAGCCCGCCCGGCAGCCGAGGCCAUGGGCUGCGACGGCCGCGUGUCGGAGCUGCUCCGCCGCAACCUGCAGCCCACGCUCACCUACUGGAGCGUCUUCUUCAGCUUCGGCCUGUGCAUCGCCUUCCUGGGGCCCACGCUGCUGGACCUGCGCUGCCAGACGCACAGCUCCCUGCCCCAGAUCUCCUGGGUCUUCUUCUCGCAGCAGCUCUGCCUCCUGCUGGGCAGCGCCCUCGGGGGCGUCUUCAAGAGGACCCUGGCCCAGUCCUUAUGGGCCCUCUUUACCUCUACUCUGGCCAUCUCUCUGGUGUUUGUCGUCAUCCCCUUCUGCCGAGAUGUGAAGGUGUUGGCCUCGGUCAUGGCGCUGGCGGGCUUGGCCAUGGGCUGCAUCGACACGGUGGCCAACAUGCAGCUGGUGAGAAUAUACCAGAAGGACUCGGCUGUCUUCCUCCAGGUGCUCCAUUUCUUUGUGGGCUUUGGUGCUCUGCUGAGCCCCCUGAUCGCAGACCCCUUCCUGUCUGAGGCCAACUGCUUUCCUGCCAAUAGCACAGCAAACACCACCACCAGAAGCCACCUGUUCCACGCCUCCCAGAUCCUGGGCCUGCACCAUGCAAAAGCCCAGCCUGGGUCCAACCAGACAGUCCCUGGGCUGCCCCCAAAGGGCGGGACUGAGGUUCGAGUGUCCUACGCCUUCUGGAUCAUGGCCCUUAUCAAUCUUCCAGUGCCCAUGGCAGUGCUGUUUCUGCUGUCCAAGGAGCGGCUGCUGACCUGCUUCUCUCAGAGGAAGCCCUUGCUCCUUCCUGCAGACGAGCUGGCCCUGGAGACUCGGCCUCCAGAGAAGGAAGAUGCCUCCUCACUACCCCCGAAGUUUCAGCCAUACUCAGGGCACGAGGACCUGUUCAGCUGCUGCCAACGGAAGAACUGCCGGGGAGCCCCUUAUUCUUUCUUUGCCAUCCACGUCACAGCAGCCCUGGUCCUGUUCAUGACAGAUGGGAUGACGGGGGCAUACUCAGCCUUUGUGUAUAGCUAUGCAGUGGAGAAGCCGCUGUCUGUGGGACACAAGGUGGCAGGUUACCUCCCCAGCCUCUUCUGGGGCUUCAUCACCCUGGGCCGGCUCAUCUCCAUUCCCAUCUCUUCAAGAAUGAGGCCAGUCACCAUGGUUUUCACCAAUGUGAUAGGCGUGGUGGUGACUUUCCUCGUGCUGCUUAUUUUCUCCUCCAAUGUCAUCUUCCUGUUCGUGGGGACAGCGAGUCUGGGCCUGUUCCUCAGCAGCACCUUCCCGAGCAUGCUGGCCUACACCGAGGACAUCCUCCAGUACAAAGGAUGUGCGACCACAGUGCUGGUGACAGGGGCAGGGAUUGGCGAGAUGGUCCUGCAGAUGCUGGUUGGUUUGAUAUUCCAGGCCCAGGGCAGCUAUAGUUUCCUGGUCUGCGGCGUGAUCUUUGGCUGCUUGGCUUUUACCUUCUAUGUCUUGCUCCUGUUUUUCCACAGGAUGCACCCUGAACUCUCAUCAGCUUCUACCCCAGACCGACCACUUGGAAUGGAGAACUCUGAUUACUACCAGAGGUGAAACCGGGGGCCGGAGGCAGGCGAGGCUC